GUCUAUCUUGGUUUACUUACAAAAUGUUUGCUACAGGUAAACGACAUCACAACGCAAACUAGAUAGUAUAAACGUACAUUCCCCAUGCACUGCAGUUGGGCCAAAUGCGGUGACGUUUCUUUCUCUCGCGGCAUAUAUCACACAGCGGAUACACUUUUGCAGAUUAACCAUGACUGCUAAACGACCUUAUUAGACUCCAAAGUAGACACGUAGGUCCCUCUAACUUAAGAUGAACAUUGAUGACAAGCUGGAGGGGAUGCUGCUGAAGUGUGGUGGGGGAGUGGAUGAGAGUGUGGGUUUAGGGGGUGGAGGUCCAGUCGUCAUGACCCUGGGCGAGCGGGGGUUAGAUCACCACCCCCUGUUAGCAGACGAUGAUGAAGAGGAUGAUGAUGACCUGACAGGGGUUUCAAUGGUGUCCCAUGACCUGAUCCCAACUGAUGAGAUGGUGGUACAUGAGGAGACUGUGAAUGGCAGGGAAUGGGGAAUGAAUCAGAGACUCUCACACAAGCUGCCUGUAAGCAUCAAACAAGAGUUGAAGCUGACUUCUGAUCAACUAAUGCUGGGGAAGAAAGAAAGAAAGCCCAGAGAUCUCACAGAGUGUCACAAGAAGAAGAAGCGAAAGCAGCGCUCUCCUGCCAAGAUUCUCACCAUCAAUGAGGAUGGGUCAUUGGGUCUCCAGAGUCCAAAGUGUCAUGUGUGUGUGCACUGCAACGCAGCCUUCCGAACCAACUACCAUCUACAAAGACAUGUAUUCAUCCACACUGGUGAGAAGCCAUUUCAGUGCAGCCAGUGUGAUAUGCGCUUCAUACAGAAGUACCUUCUCCAGAGACAUGAGAAAAUCCACACUGGUGAGAAGCCCUUCCGCUGUGAGGAGUGUGGCAUGAGGUUCAUUCAGAAAUACCACAUGGAGAGGCACAGAAGGACCCACAGUGGAGAGAAGCCCUAUCAAUGUGACUACUGCCACCAGUACUUCUCCAGAACUGACCGGGUUCUAAAGCACAGGCGCAUGUGCCAUGAGAUGAAGGAGAGGAAAGCCCACAAGGCUGCAGCAGCGGGGAAAGAUGGAGGACUCCUGCGCAACACAGAUUCUCUGGGCUUUUCCUUCUCUGCCAAAGAGUGCUCGCUGCCCAAGAAAAAACGCUUGAAGACUUCAGACAAGUCUCAAUGCUCAGCUGCUGUCACUGAAGACAUUGCCACAGUCGCUUCUCUUGGCACCAUGGCUAAGGAGGUGGAGCAAAGACCGAACAAAAUCGAAUGUCUACCUCUCUAUGCAGUUACCUCCAAGGCGGUCAAAGAUGAGUAUGUGGUGGCAGAUUAUUCUGUGGAGCUUCCAGACUCGUCCCGCGAGCAGCAUUUGGGGCUGGGUGGGGAGAAUCUCUCCUCUGAGGAGAUUCAUCCUCCCAAGCUGGUCCUUAAGAAGGUCCCCAAGAGGAGUUUGAAGCAACCAACUGAACCCGAACCACCUGUGAGUCUGUCCCCUUUGUCCUCUUUUGAAGAUGGCAAAAUCACCAGGUACACGUUUGAGAUCGUGGACAAACAAGGUCUUCUGGAUGUGGAUGUGACCAAUUCUGACCUGGAGCCAGUAGAUGCUCUCCAAGGAGGGCAGACGAAACCAGCAUCCAGCAGCACAAACUACGAUGAUGCAGUGCAGUUCCUGAAGAAGAAGAGGUAUCUCCAGCAGGCCACUUUGUCCAACAACCGCAAUUAUGCCCUGAAUGUAAGCAGCAUCACGUCCCAGCCUUCCAUUAGACAAGCCGCAGUGGCCAAUGUCAUCGACGAAACUGUUCCCGCCACCAUCUUGGAACCCCAGCCGUUGAGCGUCGAGAUCAAGUCCAACCACGACAAGAAUGUUCUCCCGGAUGAGGUUCUCCAGACUCUCCUGGACCACUACUCAAACAAGGCCAAUGGGCAACCUGAUAUCUCUUUCAGUGUGGCUGACACGGAGGUGACCUCCAGCAUCUCCAUCAACUCCUCAGAUGUGUCUGAGGCCAGCCCGGUAGAGAGCCUGGGAGGUAACCCUCAAGCCCCACCAGCAGAGAAGUCUAGCCUCCUGCAUGAGUACUCAAAGUUCCUUCAGCAAGCACUGGAGAGGACCAGCCAGAACGAUAGCUACUUGAGCAGCCAGAGUCUUACGUUUGUCACCGAGAGCCCCAGUCUCUCCAACCAGCCUCUUUUCUCCACAGAGAAACAGAACCCUUCCCCCAGCAGGUUUACCACUGGUAGGUCAGGGAUGAACUCUCCACUACGCUCUACCUUGGAGAAACCCCAUUUUGGACUACUUGUAGGGGAUUCCCAGCACUCUUUCUCAUUUUCAGGGGACGAAACGACCCCCUCAGCUGUGUCGCCAACCGAAGACUUUCUGGAGGAAGUUGCAUCCUCGAAAAAGACUGAUGCUCAAGGGUUGCAUCAGACUUUUCAAAUCAGCACCUUCGAUCAGAACUUCCGGUCACAGUUCCAGGCCUCGUCACGUUCUGGAAUCACCUCCCAAUUUACUAUUGCCAAUGGACAAGUCAGUCUGCGAAGUCAUGGAACAGACUUCUCUGAAUUCUCCCUUGAGACGAGGUCUCAAUUGAACUCUUCCCCUGAUGCUACAACAAGGAGUCAAACGUUUGGUUGAGGAUAUUUUUAUUUAUUUCUGCGAUAAUUUUGGAAGGCACUUUCAUAUACCCAUCCUCUGUUCUGCCAAAAUAGGUUUCACUGCAAAGGUGGCUGUUGCUCAAAGCAUUUGUGAUUUUAAAAAAGAAAAUAUAUAUAAUAUAUAU